AAAAAGGGCUAGAAUCUCCAAACGACGUCGUUGCUGACCUAUGUACAUUACUCGAAGUGGCAGUCGUUUAUAUAUUUGCCCAUAAAAAAAGUAAAAAGUAUCUUGGAAGGAGGGCCAAAAUCCUUCGCAUGACUUUGCUAACAGCUUUCACACCUCAUUUCGGAUAUCCCAUCUCCAGUGAAAUAAACACAUACAUUUUCUCAAAAAUUUUCCCGAGAAAUAAACAGAACGAACUGAAAGGAAUGUCAGACAGACAAAAACAGCGUAAGAGCAAAGCUUUCUACUCUCAAAAACCCUAGACCCGAUCCAUGACAAGGAGCAGAACCAUCAUCGUCAGCAUCAUCCAUAGCAUUGACAAAACAAACAAACUGAAAUCUUUUUUAAUUUUGAAAACCUUAAAGAAAAGUUUGAGUAGUGUUUUUAGAUGGAGAGAUCUAGAUCUAAGAGGAACUAUUACUACGACCAAGACUAUGAUGGAGAGACCAUGGGUAGAACAAAACCUCGGUUCAACAGCCAUCACUACCUACCCAAUAGUCAUCGCCACCGCGGCAACAAUCCCAACAACAACAACAACGCCAACAACGGCCGGCCUCCGAAUAAAGGCGGUAGCGGCGGCGGAGGACAAGAUCCUUCGCUUAUGGUCACCACGAGCUACCGCAUUCUCUGCCACGACAUGAAAGCCGGGGGCGUAAUCGGCAAGUCCGGUAGCAUUAUCAAGUCCAUAAGGCAGCAUACAGGCGCGUGGAUCAACGUCCACGAGCUGAUUCCCAGCGACGAAGAACGAAUCAUCGAGAUAUCAGAUACGCGCCGCCGUGACCCUGAAGGGAGAAUGCCGUCGUUUUCGCCUGCUCAGGAGGCAUUGUUCCUUAUACAUGAGAGGAUUCUCGAGAGUGAUUCGCAGUUUAGCUUUGGUAGUGGCGGAGGAGAGGAGGAGGAGGAUUACGGAGGGGUGGUAAGAGGAGGAGGGAAUAGGGUGGCGACGAGGUUGGUGGUUUCGAGGAUGCAUGUGGGGUGUUUAUUGGGGAAAGGAGGGAAGAUUAUUGAGCAAAUGAGAAUUGAAACAAAGACUCAGAUUAGGAUUCUACCUAGAGACCAUACGCUUCCCCGUUGCGUUUCCAUGUCUGAGGAGAUUGUUCAGGUUAUGGGUGAUGUAAAUGCUGUAAAAAAUGCUAUAGUGAUUAUUUCAUCACGUUUAAGGGAGAGUCAGCAUCGUGAUCGCAAUCAUUUCCAUGGACGUAUGCAUUCACCAGAGCGUUUUUUCCUUGAUGAUGAUUAUAUGCCUCACAUAAACAAUGCAUCACGUCGAUCAUCUGUGGAUGGGUUGACUUUUGGUUCACGAAUGUCUACUGCAAAUUACAGAGGCAAUAAUUAUUCCUCACGUUCAUCUGGCUUCAUUGAAGCUGGGACUGCUCCUAUGGCUGACAGUGUGCAGCCUGUUUAUGCUGAGGAUCUUGUGUUUCGAAUACUUUGCCCUAUUGACAACAUUGAUAGUGUUUUUGGAGAUCCAGAUGGUAUAGUAGAUUUACUUCAAAAUGAAAUUGGUGUGGAUGUCAAGGUUGCUGAUCCUGUGGCUGGGUCAGAUGAGCAGAUAAUCACCAUUUCUUCUGAGGAGGGUCCUGAUGAUGAGUUGUUUCCAGCCCAGGAGGCUUUAUUGCAUAUCCAAACUCGGAUUGUUAACCUUGUUCCUGAUAAAGAUAACAUCAUAACUACUCGGUUACUUGUUCCAUCAAGUGAAAUUGGAUGUUUAGAGGGAAGAGAUGGAUCAUUAUCUGAAAUGAAAAGAUUAACUGGUGCAAACAUACAGAUCUUGUCAAGAGAAGAACUGCCUUCUUGUGUAUCAGGACCUGAUGAGAUUAUACAGAUUGUGGGGGAGAUAAAGGCAGCUCGAGAUGCUCUUGUUGAGAUCACAUCCCGAAUACGAAGUUACUUAUAUAGGGAAUUCUCUCAAAAGGACACUCCACCACCACCACCUUUCUCUGCAACUGCAUCCGUUGGGAGUGUUUCAGGACCGGAGAAUGCUUCUCCAAACUUAACUCCAGCUCAUGAUAGUCAAACUGCCAAUGAUCCUUCUGUUGUAGCCUAUCAGAAUGUGCAAACUUCAGCAACACCAUUGUUAUCAAAGGAAGUUAUGAACUCUGGCACUGAAGUGGUGAAGCAGACUGAAAGUGAACGCCGUGAAGAUGUACCAAGUGCAAUUACCAGAAUCCCUGUACCACUUGUUACGAGGAGUACACUUGAAGUUGUUAUACCAGAGCAUGCAGUUCCCAAGCUGAUAACAAAAUCAAAAAACAAACUGGCACAGAUCAGUGAGUUGUCUGGUGCCAAUGUGACUCUGGUAGAAGAUAGACCAGACGACACACAAAAGAUCAUUCAAAUAUCAGGUACUCCAGAGCAAUCAGAGAGAGCCCAGAGCUUGCUUCAAGGCUUUAUUUUAAGCACACAAGAAGAUGGACCUUAAGCUACUGGUAGUAAGUGAGGGUAGAAUUGGAAGCCGUAUGUAUGGGGACAGUGCUGUUAAAAUUUUUCUCUAUCUACAGAAUCUGAUUGGCCAGAUUAUGUAUGAUUCUGGAGUGUAAGGAGGUUGUGUUCCCUGUCAUGUAAGUACAAAACGAUUGGGUCAUUGUAAAUGUAACAUCAGGAACUCUUGACUAAGUGGUCUUUCCUGCAAUGAAGAAAUACUGCAGUUGACUUUGCUGUUCAAGAUUUUUCUUUGCCACAAACUUGCCUUCUGCAUUUAUCAAUGCCAGUUUCAAAUUUCAUCUUGCUUGGUUUUCUAGUAAUCUAUAAUAUCCAUCUAGUGUCAUG